UAAAAAGAAUAAAUCCACCAUUUUGAUCAGGCGGGUCCGCGGCCGCCUCUGUUUACAAUAAUUUCCCAGAAUGCCUUUCUCGCUUCCUUUUCCGCCAUCUUUCUCCUCACAGUGAAGGUGGACUCACCUGGAGAAGACUGACGAUGCCUGGAAGACUGUGGAGUAAAGCCAUCUUCACCGGCUACAAGCGCGGCCUGAGGAACCAGCGCGAGCACACGGCCCUGCUGAAGCUGGAGGGAUGCUACACCCGGGACGAGGUCGACUUCUACCUCGGGAAACGCUGCGCUUACGUCUACAAGGCCAAGAAGAACACGGUGACGCCGGGCGGUAAGCCCAACAAGACCCGGGUGAUCUGGGGGAAGGUGACCCGAGCUCACGGCAGCAGCGGGAUGGUCCGAGCCAAGUUCAGCAGCAACCUGCCGGCCAAAGCCAUCGGACACCGAGUCAGAGUGAUGCUGUAUCCGUCUCGGGUCUGAGGCUGAUCCCCCGCCCCCCCCAGGAGGAGGUCUGAGGCUGAUCCCCCGCCCCCCCAGGAGGAGGUCUGAGGAGGUCCGGCGUCCGCAGCUUCUGGAUGUUCUUGUUUGUACAGAAACAAUAAACCGAUCAGGUCCAAA